CGUCGGUCGCUCUCGGUAGCGUCACUCUUCGGCGCAGCAGUUCUUUGAUUAUUGUUCCAUCAGCGCGUUAAAACAUCACAGAGGAACCGGAGCGCCCAGCGGGGACACACGGCGAGGUGCUCUCAGCGUGAAACCGGUCGGUUCUGACUUUCCGUCCGGCUGUUCUGUUGGUGCUCGAGGACGUCCGCUAACACUGAAGCUGCGCUGCCAGCUGCUCCGGGCCCCUUCGCGCUCACCCCCUGCGCUAUGAGCAGAGGCAGAGGUGGGCCUCCCAAAGAACACUACUACAGGCAUCCACCUCCCCACUUGCAGGCCAAGGAGAACUACUACAGUCCUGGCCCGGCCCCACUCUUCCCCAGAGCCGGCCCGCAGCAGAUCCCACAUCCGGGUUACUACAGCAGCCCCGCCCACCCUGUAGCGCCCACGCAACCCCCGUCUAUCAUCCCCUCCGCUCCCCCGAUACCAGGCCACCUUAAAGGAAUCCCUAAACCCGUGUCCACACAUCACCAGAACCAACCCGCCAGCCCACAAGCACCAAAUUCCUUUCUUUAUAAGCAGACAGAGUUCCUCAGAGGUCAGAGCUCUGAGGCGCCACAGUUCAGAGUCGGCCCACGAUUAGGAGGAGGAGGAGGAGGAGGAGGAGGAGGAGGAGGAGGGUCAGCGGGGCCCGGCAGGCCGCCCAGUUCUUCCUACCAGCACCAACCAGGGUACGGCAGGUAUACGUACCACAACAGCAGCCCUGGUAGAGGUAGAGGAGGCUACAGCCAAGACCAGAGUUUCUCCGGAGCCGCCCGAGGCCCUCGACACCUGAACCAAAACCAGCAACAAGGUAAAAACCGCAAUCAGUACUCCAGCAGACAAUGGACGGACCCUCUGAGUGACCAAUUUCAGGGUUUGUCUCUUCAUCGAGACAGAAGAGGAGACCGGUUUGAAAGACACUCUACAGACUUUACUGCAGCUAGCAUCACUCUCACGCCUGCCAUACAGGAGCAGGUGCACAGAGCUCUGAGGCCAACCGAGAGUAUCUCGGCUAAAGCGUUAGCCAAAAAGCUGCAUCUGCCCAAGACGAUAGUCAACAAGGCUCUGUACGCUUUGGAGCGCUUACAGAAAGCCUCCAAGCGAGGAGUCACCCCUCCUGAGUGGACUCUGUACAGAGAACCUCUCAGAAGCGACGAAGAUCAAAACUACAAACCUUCACAUCUGUACGUCGCCUCCAGACAGCCUCUAAGAGCCGAGGCCGAGCCAGAAUCUGAAGACAGCGGACAACCCAAAGGAGACUCAGACACAGAAUCCAGCAUUUCCUUCAACUCCUCUUCAGAGUCUGACGGCUUUGAGCAAUCCAGGACACCAACAGAAGGCCAGCACCACGAGAAUCCCAGCACUCCCAGCACUCCCAGCUCCCCCGACCAGGAGCACAAGGCUGCUAUGAUGACGGAACAGAAGGAGCUCAUCCUGCAGUACCUCCUGGGUUCAGGGGAGGCGACAGCCCUCGUCAUAGCAAAAAACCUGGGUCUGAGGACAGCCAAGCAGGUCAACCCCACCCUGUAUGUCCUGGAGAAGCAAGGCGAGGUUGUCAAGAAUGCCGAAGUCAACCCUCCCACGUGGGAGCUGUCGACUCGCCGCCGGGAGAGGAUGGAGAGGAGCCUAAAGGCCGCACAGAGCGCCUCGGCUCUGGGCGAGAAGAUGGAGGAGCAGCCGAGCUGCGAUGAGAGGGCGAGAGGGUCGCCGCUACCGACGGUCCCAGGCCUCGAGUCGAUACCACUGCUGGGGGGCUGGAUGUCGGAGCAGAGUCACAGCGACGCGCGGCCCUCUUUCCCCUCGUGUAAAGACGAAGAGACCAACGAGGGCCAGUGGGCCACCGACGACAUCCCAGAGUUCCUCAACGCCAUCCGGAGGGAGACGGACGCCGAGAGGCUGGCGGCAGAGCAGGCCAACGCCAUGGGAACGGUCGCCGUGUCGCUGCCCGCCCCGCCGCCGCAGAACCUGUGGGCCAAACUGCAGGAGGUGAGGCUGAAGAACCCGGUCAGCGGCCUCAUGGAGUAUGCCCAGUAUCUGGGCCAGAACUGUGAGUUCCUGCUCCUCGACCAGUCGGGACCCUCCCACGACCCGAGAUUCCGUAUGCAGGUGAUGCUCAACAAGAGGCUGUUUCCCAUCGCAGAAGCUUCCAGCAAGAAGGUCGCCAAGAAGGACGCGGCGGCCGCGACUCUGCGCAUCCUCAUCGGGGAGAUGCAGGGCGGGUCGGCCAACGAGGAGAACACUGCCAGCGUGGACCAAGCGGUAGAUUUGCUUCCAGACACCAGCGGCGCCGUCGACAACAGCAGCACUGAAGGCAUGACGGAGGGCUCUCGCCAGCCCCUGUCCCGCUCUCUGCCCGGUGGGAAGAACCCGGUGUCCGUCCUGAUGGAGUACAGCCAGCGCAGCGGGAACCCCAUCGAAUUCAUCAUCACGGGUCAGGCCGGCCCGCCACAUGACCCGAGGUUCAUGUACAGGGUGAAGGUCGGAGAGAACCUGUUCGCAGAAGCCUCAGCUCCAAGCAAGAAGGCAGCUCGCCAGCUGGCAGCGGAGGAGGCUGUCAAAGAGCUAAUGGCUGACGGGAGGCUGCAGCUCAACAAGCCUCAGCUGCCCCUGGGCUCAUCCAGCGACAGCGACGGGGGUUCUUCCGGGACAACGUGCCCCUCGUUGCCCCCUCUGACUGCAGACGAGCUGCGAGCGGCCCACGAAGCCGGCGUCGGCGACCUCAUCAACCACCUGAACAACAACGCUGUGUCGGGGCUGCUGGAGUACGCCAGAGCUCGAGGCUUCGCCGCCGAGAUCCGCCUGGUGGGACAGUCCGGACCCCCGCACGAGCCCAAGUUCACCUACCAGGCCAAGCUGGGUGGACGCUGGUUCCCUCCGGUCUGCGCGUCCAACAAGAAGCAGGGGAAGCAGGAAGCUGCAGACGCUGCCCUGCGGGUUCUGAUCGGAGAAGCCGAGAGGGCGGCUCGAACCGGCGAGCUCAUCCCGGCUGAGCUACCGGUGAGCGGCAGCACCCUGCACGACCAGAUAGCGAUGCUGAGUCACCAGCGGUUCAACUCGCUGACCACCCGCAUCCAGCACAGCCUCCUGGGACGCAAGAUCCUGGCCACCAUCGUCAUGAGGCGAGGCGAGGGCCUGGGGACCGUCGUCAGCCUCGGAACCGGAAACCGCUGCGUUAAAGGGGAGGAGCUGAGCCUUAAAGGGGAGACGGUGAACGACUGCCACGCUGAAAUCAUCUCCAGAAGGGGAUUUGUUCGGUUUCUGUACAACGAGCUCCUCAAGCACUAUGACGGCGCAGACGACAGCAUAUUCGAGCCGGCGGAGAAGAACAAACUGCGGAUCAAAUCUGACAUCACCUUUCACCUCUACAUCAGCACGGCACCUUGCGGCGACGGCGCUCUGUUCGAUAAGUCCUGCAGCGAAGCCGGCGAUGAAGUGGAGGGCCACCAGCCUCUGUUUGAGAACGCUAAGCAGGGAAAGCUUCGCACUAAAGUGGAGAACGGCGAGGGAACCAUCCCAGUGGAGUCCAGCGCCAUCGUGCCCACCUGGGACGGCAUCCAGCACGGCGAGAGGCUGCGGACGAUGAGCUGCAGCGACAAGAUCCUGCGCUGGAACGUGCUGGGCCUGCAGGGGGCGCUGCUCUCCCACUUCCUGAACCCCAUCUACCUGAAGUCCAUCACGCUGGGUUACCUGUACAGCCACGGUCACCUGACGCGUGCCGUUUGCUGUCGGCUGGCCAGAGACGGCGAGGCGUUCGCCCAGAGCCUCCCCCCUCCUUUCAAGCUGAACCACCCUGAGGUGGGCAGGGUGAGCGUGUACGACUCCACGCGCCACACAGGGAAGACCAAGGAGUCCAGCGUGAACUGGAGCUUUCCAGACCAGCACAGCGUGGAGGUGCUGGACGGGACCAAAGGACAACUCGAUGGGAACAAACUGGCCGUGUCCCGGGUGUCCAAGUCCAACCUGUUCUGCCUGUUCCGUUCGCUGUGCCAGCGGGGCGGCCGGACCGACCUCCUCUCGCUGCCCUCCUACGCCCAGGCCAAGAUGGCGGCCAUGUCCUUCCAGCUCGCCAAACAGCAGUUCUUCCGCGCGCUCAGCGACCACGGCUACGGCGCCUGGAUCGGCAAGCCGCUGGAGGAGAAGAGCUUCGAGGCCGGUGAGAGCAACAACGGUGCGAGCCUCGCCGUCGGGUACGGCAACAGUCGGAACGGAGGGGCGGCCGAGUACAAGCAGGACGAGCUCCAGUAAUGGAUGAUGUAUAAAUUAAAAAAAAAAAAAAAAAAAGAGCACAAAAAAAUAAAGGAAAAAAAAGGACAAUCAAACAACCCAGCGGCCGGAACUGAAUCUGGUGACGGAACACGGUUAGAGGCUGCCGAGGAGGAGCGAUGGGAAGGGACAGAGGGGCAACGCCUGAAGGAUGAGCGAGGUCACAGCUGACAAGACGGCGCUAUGGAGGCGUCCACAGGGUGUACAGAGCAUCGGCAACACUACAGAGAGAGGAAUCGGCUGGACGGCAAACUGCUGCAGAGCUCGGUCACGUUCGCUUCCUCAACAGUCAGCGCGUGUUUGCAUCCUUUGUGCUGUUUAUUUCCCGUGUUCCUGUCCUUUUUUUUUUCCUCCACUCUUCUACGACCAAACGAAUCCGCCUCUUUGCUCGCUGAUGCGACCGCGCACUGCAGCAGCGAGAGGGCAGAGUUCACGGUUUUUUCUCGAAAUUGCACUGACCUUCCUUAGAUGUCAACUCUGAGAUCAGCUCACGGUGUACAGAAACUCUUUGUGCAGAAGAAGAAGAAGAACGCCGCCCAUCCAUCGCUGUCCGGCGUUCGAGGCUUUAGCUCCUGUCGCACACUCGAGUCACGCUUUUUUUUUUUUUCCCCCCCUCGGUUAAACUCGCUUGUAAAGUUACAAAACCUACCCACAGCUGUCCGUCUGUCCACAUGCCGUCGCCAUGGUUUCCGCUAGCGCAGCCCUUCGAUCUGUCCCAUCGUCUGUCUGUGCUUUCCAGCUUUUAUAUAGAAUUACUGAUGUCACGACCUCCGAGAAGUACAAUAUUUCUGUUCUUAUCGCUCGUGUGUGUUCUUCUGUCGUCGAGUGUUUUUGAUUUUGUUUUCUUUUCUUUUCUUUUAUUCUCAAAGCCGUCGUCAGCAGCUCGCCGUGCCGCAAAGUCCUGGGAAGCCUCAACUGUCCUGCCUGCACAUCGUUUGUUUUAUUUACAUCUUUAAAAAAAAAAAAAAAACACUGGCUCCCAGGUUCUACUGCACGGUCCGCUGGCUGAGGACGGUUCUGCUCUUCGAGGACAGGAGAGAGUUUGUUCUCGGUUCGGAUGGAUGAUGCAAUAUAUACAUGGGGUGUAUACAGAUACACCGACACACAGGUGAGCAGUGGAGUCCAGAAGUCUGGGUCGGGUCAUUUGAAAGUUUUCCUCGAGGAAAACUGCAUUUACAGAACGUUUCCAUUUACUGUUUCAUGUGCAGAAAGGUGAAGACUGUAUGUGGGUUUUUUUUUUUUUUUCCGAUCACUAGUUGCAGCGGUUAAUCGAUUAGUUGACGACUAUCAAUCAACAGUUGUUCCACUAUCGGAUUCAUCAGCUUUUAAGAAAAGGGGUCAAACUUCUGUGGUUCUACGACGGCGAACUGAACAUUUUAGUUUAGUGUGACAGAAGACAUUCUGUCAUCUUGGUGCUUUGGGACAUUUUUCAUAAUUUUCUGUUUUUUUGUUUUUUGUUUUUUUUUUUAGACCAAACUAAACGAUUGAUUGAGCAAAAUAACGAGGAGAAGCUAUGCAAGUCAGCACACUGUAACACUUCGCAGACGGUUUUAGUGGAGAUUCGACACAUGCGGACGUUUUUGUUUAGACAAAAAUUAAUCUUUUAUUUCUGCAGCAGCUGAAGUCGACGUCUGCCUUUAUGGCGAUCCUUUCGUUUUUACAACCUUCAGCAGUGAUACACACAUAGAUAGGACAUAUACACUAUUGAUCAGUUCUCAGACAUGAUAAUAAAGCAAUACAGACGGUUUUUGUUGCGUUUUUUUUGUCAUUUCUUGAAUAAAAAGCUUUAAAAUGAAGAAAUGUAUUUGUUUUUAAGUUUUUUACUGUUUAAAUGUGCAGUUGUUUUUUUUGUGUGGUGAACUCAGACUUCUGGACCCCACUGUGCACAAAAUACAGAUAUUUGACUAUAACGCUGUACAUACAGUCCGUCUGUGUGUGUGUGUGUAUUUGUGUAGGUUUAAUGUAUAUAUUUUGUAAAUCAUCUAAAGUUGCUUUUCUAUAUUUUUGUUCCUGGUGUUUUGAUUAAAUUGCAAAUGAAAUAUGCUGUUUUGUUUGUUUUUUUACCAAUAAAUUUUGAAAAAGUUAAAAUAAAA